UUAUGUUUUAUAAGUAAUUUUCAAUUUUUUUCUAAUAGCUAUUAAUUUAUCUGUGACAUGUAUAAUAAAACAGAAACAGAAUUACAAUGAGGUUAUUGUUAGCGUUAAUAUUUCAUAACGAGCAACUGUAGCUUGUAUUAUAUUCGCGCUGCAUUUAGUUGUCACAAAUGAUUGUAGCGAAAGUUUGAAAGUAGUUGUACGAAAGUGUCUUUACAGUAUACAUAUAAGCUCUCGAUUUUUCUGAUCUAUUAGAAUUAUUGCAAUUCAUUACGAAUUUUUUAAGUGUAUUUACUUACAAUGCGAUAACUGCCUUAUUAAUUACGCAAUUUUUUUAAACUCUGACCUAUUGGAUUACUAUUUUUUUGCGUUCCCAUUCCGGAUGACUGAACUUCAUAUCUUUAUGGGGUGACCGAAGUUGUACAAGGCCUAUUUUCAUUACUGACAAUGUUGAAUACAAAGCAUUGCAGUAAUUACAGAUGAUCUCUGAUAUAGAGUUAGUGCAAGCAGAAAGCACUUUCAAAUAGGACAUCUAAAUGUCAGAAGGUGUCCUAGCAUAACGUUUCAUGCUUUGGCCAGGCAUUUUUAAAGAUGGCCACGUAUCAAGUUGACUAUCAGUGGGCUUAUACCAUAAUGGAUUCAUCUAGAAUAUCCACAUUCCUAAUAUCAAUUUUAUUGAUAGUCUAUGGUAGUUUCCGAUCUUUAAACAUGGAACAAGAAGCUAGAGAAAGAGAAAAAGAAAAGGAACGUGGUAAUUUAUUGACUGGAAUUUUGAGUAACAGUAGCACAGCAAAUGCAGAUGGUGCUAAUGGAAGAGUUCAAACCUUAAAUACAAUGCAUGCUCUCUGUCUACCUCUUGGUGCUUCCAUUUCUCUACUCGUCAUGUUUUUCUUUUUUGACAGCAUGCAAAUGCUUGUAGCAAUCUGUACAGCUAUUGUAGCUGCAGUUGCACUGGCAUUUCUUCUUUUACCCAUGUGUCAAUAUAUUAUUAGACCAUGUUCAGAUGGUAAUAAAAUAUCCUUUGGUGUAUGUGGAAGGUUUACUGGUGCAGAAUUACUUUCAUUUUCAUUAAGUGUGAGUAUAGUAUGCAUUUGGGUACUGACUGGACAUUGGCUUCUUAUGGACGCAAUGGGUAUGGGACUAUGUGUAGCAUUCAUUGCAUUCAUUCGAUUACCUAGUCUAAAGGUAUCCACCAUAUUAUUAACUGGAUUACUCAUUUAUGAUGUCUUCUGGGUUUUCUUUUCAUCCUAUAUAUUCAGCACAAAUGUAAUGGUUAAGGUAGCAACUAGACCAGCAGAUAAUCCAGUGAAUCUUGUGGCUAGAAGGUUGCACUUAGGUGGUGUAGCGAGAGAAGCACCAAAACUUCCAUUACCUGGAAAAUUAGUAUUUCCAUCGAUGCAUCAAGCAGGACAUUUUUCAAUGUUAGGUCUUGGCGAUGUUGUUAUGCCAGGACUAUUGCUUUGCUUCGUUUUACGAUAUGACGCGUACAAAAAGACUCAAUUGUUGCCCGGUGGUUGUGAAACAGGAGUUCCACCGCCGCGUCACAUCAAUCGUAUUAGUUAUUUCCAUUGUUCACUCAUUGGUUAUUUUCUUGGUUUACUUACUGCUACUGUAAGCUCUGAGGUGUUCAAAGCUGCGCAACCUGCCUUAUUGUACCUUGUGCCCUUUACUUUAUUGCCAUUACUCACAAUGGCAUAUUUGAAGGGAGAUUUACGUCGAAUGUGGAGCGAACCAUUCAUAUCUCAACAACCUUCCAAACAUAUGGAAGUUUGACAACAGUCAUGGGUUUGUGUAUAUUACACAUUAUGGAAGGAAAACUAAUUGUAAAAUCCUAUUGUCACUUAUCAUAACAUCCUUAUUUUUAUCAAUGUCAUUUAAUGUAAGUAAUUUUUUUUAUACUUGCGUCUUUUAAUGCUACAAUGCAAAUUACACAAUUUCAUACACGAGAAAAAUAAAGUAUACUAUAUUUUGACAUUGAUUUAAUAUAAAAUUAAAAAUAUAAUACAAA